GUAAUUUUCGAGAAACAUACGAAUGAACAACGCUAUCACUCUCUGUUCUUGGGGGUUGUUGUUUCGUAUGAUCAAAAAAUCCUUAAUUUCUACAGAAUCAGUCAGAUCUUUGAAAUACAUAAUUCUUCAAUGGCGUCGCCUAUUGUUGUAGAAGAUCGUCCAGCUCCACUCGAUGCUACUUCUGAUCCACCGGCUGUGUUCGACGGAACCACUAGAUUGUACACAAGUUACGUUUGCCCAUUUGCUCAACGAGUUUGGAUCACCAGAAACUUCAAGGGUUUGCAAGAAAAGAUAAAACUUGUUCCUUUGGAUCUUGGGAAUAGGCCUGAUUGGUACAAGGAGAAAGUGUAUCCAGAGAACAAGGUGCCAGCGCUUGAGCACAAUGGAAAAAUCAUUGGGGAAAGUCUGGAUUUGAUCAAAUAUCUGGAUAACACUUUUGAAGGGCCUUCCCUUUACCCCGAGGAUCAGGCAAAAAGAGAGUUUGGCGACGAGUUAUUGAAGUACGCUGAUACUUUCUAUAAAACUAUGUAUGCGUCACUCAAAGGAGACCCCUCUAAAGAAACCCCACCUGUGUUAGAUUAUCUGGAAAACGCUCUGUAUAAGUUCGAUGACGGGCCAUUCUUCCUUGAUCAGUUAAGCUUGGUUGAUAUCGCGUAUAUCCCGUUCAUGGAAAGGUUUCAAAUUGUGCUUAAUGAGUUUUUCAAGUUCGACGUCACUGCAGAACGGCCCAAACUAUCGGCAUGGAUCGAGGAAUUGAACAAGGUUGAUGCCUAUGCACAAACGAAAAUCGAUCCUAAGGAGAUUAUGGAGAUUUUCAAGAAAAAAUUCAUGUAAGGAAGCACUAAGAAGUAAGAAGUAAAGUGUACCAGACCAUUAAACCACCUGGUACGGUCCUUGGAUAUGAAGUAAGAAUCAUAUGAUGCAGUAAGAUGUGUACUUUACAUGCAACAACAGAGCUUGAUCUGUAUUUUUAGUGUUACCUUUGACAUUAAUGUUAAAUCUUUUUAACACAUGAAUUGUGAAUUUAUGAUAGUAAUACUAUCAAAAUCUCAAUCAUCAAAGCUAUUGAAACUAGAGUA